AUGCUCACAUGGUUCAGCCAAGCGAAAGGAGCGUCUGGGAACAAACGACAGCUCUCGGGGCGCAUACAUAUCUUGGGUCUGGAGAAUACGUCCUUGUUUGUUGCUCACUCAUUAGCGAGUCGACCAUCUGUGCCGCCAAUUACCCUUCUGCUGCCCAAUACCGUCGCUUACGAAUCAUGGUUGAAUCACCGCAAGUGUAUAAGUCUUCAAACGAAUUCAUUGGAGGACAAGAAAACUGGUUUCGAUGUCGAAGUUAUGGACAACGGCACAUGGUACUCGUUUCCAUACGAUGCAGCGGAGGAAGCCAACCCCUUCAAGCAAGAACCGGACGAUAAGCUCGACACCCAAAACAAUUCUGAGCUUGAGUCCGACUUCUACGCAAUUGCCGCCGAUACCGAGCUCAACGAACUCAGUUAUUCGGAGGUCAACGAGAGCAAUCGGGAAAUCGAGUGUCUGAUUAUUGCCACCGGUGCAAAUAUGACUACGUUAGCCGUGCACGAUGUCAAGCAUCGCUUAACUCCCGAUUCGACAAUCUUGUUACUCUCAAGUGGAUUGGGCCUUAGAGAUGAGAUAAAUGCGAAUGUCUUUCCGGACCCCGAGGAACGUCCGCAUUACAUGGAGGGAGUAGUCUCUCAUAAUAUCACUCGGAGACAGCGCGGUUAUCAAAUCAAGCACCUUGACGUGGGUACCACUGUUUUGGGGGUCCCACUGCAAGAUUCACAGUCACAACCCAAGACCGAGGACCUGUAUUGGAGGCAAAAUUGGGCCCCCACUACCAAAUACCUUAUGCACAUAUUGACCAGCACCCCGCCACUUGUGGCUACCGCAGCAGCUCCGACUGAUCUUAUGUUGCAUCAGCUAGAGAAAGUCGCCAUACAAUCCGUUCUAGAACCCGUGACCGCUCUCAUGGAAAUCCGAAACGGUGAUGUCCUUUACAACCCCGGUUUCAGCCGCAUAAUGCGGCUCCUCCUCCUCGAAACCUGUAGCAUUUUCGCUGCGCUGCCUGAGGUCCGGUCAGUCCCCGGUAUUGAGGCCCGCUUUAGCCCGGAACGCUUGCGUCGCAUGGUCGUUCAGCAAGCCGCAAGAACCUUUGACCAGGAUUCUCGUAUGCUGAAAGCUGUCCGGAACCGCUGGACGACUGAGAUUCGGUAUCUGAACAAUUAUAUCGUGCGCAGAGGCGAGAAGCUCGGUCUCAAACCCGUGAUGAAUUACUUGAUUAUGAGCUUGAUCGAAGGAAAAGCAUAUCAAAUCAAGCAACAAGAGGCCGCUGCAAUUCCCAUCGAUUUUGAGCCCACCAACAGCGACGGGCUCAAAGCGGACAAUAAACCCAAACCACAGUUUCCCGACUUCCCCAAAUAG